GGCGCAUGACAAGGUUUAAGACGUUAAGCUGCUACAGCAGCUUGUAUAUGCCAUGACCCUCUUCGGUGUCAUGAAACUUUUUAGAGAUUGUAGUACUUCCAUCAAGUCAAGGUGUCAAGAUUUUGGAAGAUAGAAAACAGCUUUUUACUUCGUUUAUCUUCUUUUUCGGUGGCUAAGUGACUAAUGGGAAGGAAAACUUUAGUCAUUCCAUAGUGUACAUUUAUCUGAAACUGUUAGAUCACUUAGGAAACAAGGUUUGGCUGAAUUUACUCCUUCUUUCAUCUCCCGAGUGUGUGAGACUACUGGACCGAUGAGGAUAACAGGUGUCAGUUUCUAUACACGAAGGCAAUUUGAACAGCUGAACUAACUGCAAAAGACGAGAGAAAUCCAUUGGCUUUCCGGAGGUGAUUCCCGUCAUUAUUGUGUACUUGUUCUACAUAUAUUUUAAGGUAUCUUCCCAUCAAUGUGAUUUCGUGCUCUUCAAAACAAAUUCAAAACGGUACAUUGAAGUGAGCUUCAGAGAUAAUGUUUCUCUCAGUCGAAAAUCUCGGAAAGCUUGGUAAUGGCAUCAUAUUCAUUCAUUCAUUUAUUCUACAGUGAGCAAUUUCCGCUACCAGCGGUGUUGAGUUUCUUGUAUAUUUAGGAAACCUGGAAGCCCCUGAGCACUUAAGACAAUCCAAUGUCUACCAUCACAUCUGAACACAAUAUUAUCAUAGCAUCCUCAGUUCUCACACGCAGCUGCAUCGGUAUCAUAUGAUACCGACAACAACCAUUCUUCACACUUCUUCUCAACCUUCACCGUCAAUGGGGACCUUGUGUAGCCGUCGAGGACGGCAAGCCGAGCCAACCGCUGAGUUUUAUCCUGACAAAGUUGUCAAGUUUGCAGUGAUUGCCCCGGUCCUGUUGAUCGCACUGAUCGCACUGAUUGUCUUGUACGGAGUUGACAAAGUGAAAUGUUCUUCGAGGGAUCAGCCGAAUUAUGGUAACACGCUGUCAGAAGUGAACGACUACUGUUGGAACAAUCCUCGUCCGGCCAACUUGGACACCAGAUUGAACUACACUCUAGUGAAUGGCACUGCAUACUUCACCAAUCCUCCCGCUAAUGGCACCAAGGUCACAUAUAACGUCUGGGUGGAAGGAGCACCUCUUCACAGACACAAAAUCUUCCCAAUAUUACUUAUUUGCCAGUGCACUUGCCUCGCGAUCCCAUUGCUCAUCUGGCAUUGGUGUUUGGCAAGUGAAAUGCGAUCACACACAAAGGCCAUCAUAGAGCACGGCAACAUCCUCACCACUGCAUAUCACAAGUACGACAGAUCCCAGCUCAGGUCUGACGAAGCUUCCGUUCAUCGCCAGCUUGAUAAUUAUUUGGAAUACCUGAGCUACCUCUUGACGUGCAAAGCUCGUCGUCUGUAUACAAUGCACCUUAUCAAAUGGAUCGCCAUGUUGGUCAUCACUGUAGCAUGGUUAGGAGGCAAUCUCGGGAUGUUCUCGCCCGACUUCGUGAUCUUCCGAGACCGUUUCACUUGCCUCUAUGACAGCCGAAAUCAGAUUACAUAUAACUGCUACUUUCCUACCUCGAUUUUUCUACGGGUGGUCUGGUACAUCAACAUAAUCAUCCUCGCCAUUUUGAUCGUUUUAAUUCUGUUUCAUAUCAUCGUGGAUCUGUGUUUGCCUCGACGAUAUCAGGACACAUAUCUUCACAGAAGUAUACCUGGCGCCAUGGACUAUCGUUUGGCUCACUGCAUUCAGAGAAACUACAACUCCAGAUACUACUGGAUGCUUUCAAAACUCUGCGAUGAAAACGAACACCUUUGCAACGACCCAGGGUUGUCAAAGUCGCUGGCUAGGAAGUACGGCACCCAUGCUGGAGGGCACGGUGGAUACGGCGACAAGUCUGCCGUCUUCGCGCUUGGAGGGGGCGAAAAGCGAGCGUUUGUCAAACAAACGCAAGUGGAUCGUUUUCUGAAAGCCGCGGACAACCCAGAUAAAUCCUCUCCGAUCUGUGGUGGCUGCUGUGGCGGGGGUUGUCUCGGGGCAGGGUCGCCAGAAGACGGACAAGGUGCGCCGAAAGCAAGGAGAAACAGCAAGAUCACUGAUGCUGGACUCUCCAGAACCGGUCCUCCAGAGUCAGGCAUGGAUGACGAACUUUUGGACUAUUAUAUGGCCCAGAAACUGGGACGUGCAAACGGUGAACUGGCAUCGGAGAAACGCCGUCGAGACAGCAUCUCUAGUCGCCCCAAAGAUUACACACCCGACCAUCUCUACUUCCGUGAGUUGGUCCGCUACAACCAUCCUGACGGCUUGAAUCCUGAAUUUCCUGUAGACCAUCAUGCAUCGGCAGAUCAAAACAACCGCCAAGUAGUUCCCUAUCGGUCAUAUAAAUGGAGAGCCUCGCCUAGAAAGGUCGUCUUCCGAGUACCGCGGCGACCAAAGCUCAGGAACAAUAGGAGGCAGCGACGUCAAAGCACCGCUUCCAGACAUUCUGACGUCAUUAUUUUGGAGGAUCUCGAGGAGUACCCCAACUCAUCACCGAAUGACUCCGAGAAGCAGAUCUACGGUGGAGACUACGGGAAGCAUUACAGCCAACCAUACGGAGGGGCACUUUCCAGUCGUGUUCUAAUGCCAUACUACGACACACAAUCCGGGACGUAUAAAGAUCUUAACCCUUUGGCCUUUAAAAUCCGACAAAAAGUCCGUAAAACAAUGUCAAGAAACAUGAAAAUCUGGAAACCGUAGUCUGGAUUCGACAAUGUAGGCUACAGGUACAUCUUUCAAAGCAAAUGUUGAAGACUGUUGCCAAAGUCACGCCAUUCCACAUUUUUCGAAUAUCUUAAAAAGCCCUCGUGACAUAAUAGAUAUGGUCCAAGUAGCAGAUAGCAGAUAUUAUUUUUUUAAUGUUUGACUCUAGAGAAAAUGAUGCUUUGAGUUAGGACGACUCAUUUUACAAAAACGGCUUUGAAAAAGCACGUCCUGUGAUAUUCACCCUUGGUCCUGUACGGGUGUGCUCCUGCGUUCUUUUACACCCCACAUUAUCCGUGAAAUAUGCAAAUAUCUCCUAUUCACACCUCAAAUCUAUAAUUUUCAGUCCAGUGUGUACGUCCGAUGUGGGGAUUGUUUUGAUUGAGGAUUCAUGUGCAACGGAAUCCCUACUGGCCAUUAUUAUAGAACCUCUUUCAACUGGUAACAACUGCCGACAUCAAGGGUUUCAAAUUUGAAUGUAGAACUCUUUUACACAAUUUGUUCUAGAUGAUAUACAUAUAUACAUGAUAUGCAUAUUGGUUAUAUGUGGAAGAAGAGUCAACCAUGAAACCAAAGCUAUUUUACAAAAAAAGAAAAAAAAAGAAAAAGAGAACUGUUAGUGCUAUAUCUGUGAAAAAUGGAAUAGCUAUUAUUCUCGGCCGUUUUGGUCUGUUAGUGAAUGGCUUAUUGUCUGUGAUAUAUUGCAGGUAGUUUUUACUGUUUUUAAUAUUUAUUUCUAUGACAUUUACAUAUUUAAGCUUAUAUCAUUGGCUUGCCAACCUGUCUUAGUUAUUGUUAUGCAAACAUAAAAUGUGAUAUGGAUUUGUUAAUUGAUGUGUAUAGAUUAUAAAUGGCAGUAAUAUAAAGUAUUUAUCAUAUAGGUUACUCAUGGUUAAGAUACAGAACCGAUCUGUGAUGAAUAUUACCGACGGCUAUUUGUAAGCAUUGAUUUACAUUACCGAUGGCUGAGAUACAGAACCGUCCUGUGAUGAAUAUUAUCGACGGCUAUUUGUAAACAUUGAUUUACAUUACGGAUGGCUGAGAUACAGAACCGUCCAGUGAUGAGUAUUACCGACGGCUAUUGUAAGCAUUGAUUUACAUUACGGAUGGCUGAGAUACAGAACCGUCCUGUGAUGAAUA